AUGGGCUCUGCAACGGUCCUCGCAUCACUCUGCAAUAGGGGUGCCGCAAGCGCCUCCGCCGCAUCAAGGUCAGGGACAAAGGAUCCGCCGCAAAAUCUGGCGUCCGGAGGGGAAUCGCGUCUCGGAAUGUCUGCCGCAUCGCAGAUCAAGAGUCCCCCCUGCACCCGCCUCUUUAUCCCCUCAGAAUCGGCUGGGAGCGAGAACCAUAACUCCCGAUCUGUCUCGUCGUCACCGGAUAAGGAUGACCAUUGCUACACGACCAGGGGAUCGGCGGCGUUGGUAUGCGAGGGCGAGAACGCCGACGAAAGAGCCUCGGCAGCCUCUCUACCUCGAUUCUUCGUUUCACUGUCGAACAAGGAGAAGGAGGAGGACUUCAUGGUGAUGAAGGGGUGCAAGCUGCCGCAGCGACCCAAGAAAAGAUCCAAAUUCGUCCAAAAAUGCAUACUCUUGGUGAGUCCUGGAGCAUGGCUGUCAGAUCUCUCACAGGAGAGGUAUGUAGUCAGGGAGAAGAAGGGAUCAAGAAAGAGGAGAAGAGGAUUAAAGGCCAUGUCCAUGGAGAGUGAUUCAGAAUGAAGCAAAAGGGAGAGG